UGCUCACUGUAUUAUAAGUUUGGUGAUGUUUAAUUGGGUGUAUAUUAGUCAUAGAGUAGGACAAAUUCAGUAUCUUUCUCUUUAACCCUGUUCUGUUUCUUUUAGAGGAAGUCCACAGAUGAAGGGGACGCCUCAUUUUAAGGAAGAACAGUGUGUGCCAGCAUUAAAUUUAGAGAUGAGGAAAAUACUGGAUUUGCAAGCACCCAUCAUGAGUUUGCAGUCUGUGCUGGAAGAUCUCCUGGUUGCUACUUCUGAUGGACUUCUUCAUCUUAUUCACUGGGAAGGAAUGACAAAUGGAAGGAAAGCCAUUAAUCUUUGCACAGUACCCUUUUCAGUUGAUCUGCAGUCAUCUAGAGUAGGUUCGUUCCUUGGCUUUGCAGAUGUACACAUCAGAGAUAUGGAAUACUGUGCAACACUUGAUGGGUUUGCUGUUGUGUUUAACGAUGGUAAAGUUGGAUUUAUUACACCAGUGUCAAGUAGAUUUACUGCAGAGCAGCUUCAUGGAGUUUGGUCACAAGAUGUUGUUGAUGGAACAUGUGUAGCAGUAAAUAACAAGUAUCGACUAAUGGCAUUUGGUUGUGCAAGUGGUUCUGUGCAGGUUUAUACAGUAGAUAAUACCACUGGAGCCAUGUUGCUAUCUCAUAAGUUAGAGCUUACAGCAAAACAGUAUCCUGACAUUUGGAACAAAACAGGAGCUGUUAAAUUGAUCAGAUGGUCUCCUGACAAUAGUGUUGUAAUAGUGACCUGGGAAUAUGGAGGUCUUUCCUUGUGGAGUGUGUUUGGAGCCCAGCUGAUUUGCACCCUUGGAGGAGAUUUUGCUUAUAGAUCUGAUGGUACCAAAAAAGAUCCCCUUAAGAUCAACUCUAUGAGCUGGGGUGCAGAAGGCUAUCACCUAUGGGUAAUCAGCGGAUUAGGUUCUCAAGACACUGAAAUUGAGGCUGACCUCAAGAAUAUAGUUAAACAGCCCAGCAUUUUGUUGUUUCAAUUUAUCAAGAGUGUACUCACUGUAAACCCUUGUAUGAGUAACCAAGAGCAGGUGUUACUUCAAGGAGAGGAUCGCUUAUACCUGAACUAUGGCGAGGCCUCACAAACCCAGAAUCCCAGAAGAUCUUCAGCACACUCUGAGCAUAAGCCCAGCCAGGAAAAGAGCCCAUUUGCAGAUGGAGGUUUGGAGUCUCAGGGUUUGAGCACUUUACUUGGACAUCGACAUUGGCAUGUCGUACAGAUUUCCAGUACCUAUCUAGAAAGCAAUUGGCCUAUACGGUUUUCAGCUAUUGAUAAACUUGGACAGAAUAUUGCUGUGGUUGGCAAGUUUGGUUUUGCGCAUUACUCUUUACUCACCAAAAAAUGGAAACUUUUUGGAAACAUUACUCAGGAGCAAAAUAUGAUUGUGACUGGUGGCUUAGCCUGGUGGAAUGACUUUAUGGUCCUUGCAUGUUAUAACAUAAGUGACCGUCAAGAAGAGCUCAGAGUAUACUUACGAACAUCAAAUCUGGACAAUGCCUUUGCUCAUGUCACCAAGGCGCAAGCAGAAACAUUAUUGCUUAGUGUCUUCCGGGAUAUAGUCAUAGUAUUUAGAGCAGACUGUUCAAUAUGCCUUUACAGUAUUGGAAGAAAAUCUGAUGGUUCAAAUACUACUGCUGGUAUUCAAGUUCUUCAGGAGGUUUCCAUGUCACGUUACAUUCCUCACCCUUUCCUGGUAGUAUCUGUCACUCUGACAUCAGUGAGUACAGAGAAUGGAAUCACCUUGAAAAUGCCACAGCAGGUUCGUGAUGCAGAAAGCAUAAUGCUGAACCUUGCAGGACAGCUCAUCAUGAUGCAGAGGGACAGGUCAGGCCCUCAGAUUCGGGAGAAGGACAACAACCCUAACCAAAGGAAACUUGUGCCAUUCUGCCCUCCUGUUGUACUAGCCCAGUCUGUUGAAAAUGUCUGGACAACAUUUCGUGCAAAUAAACAAAAACGCCACCUUCUGGAGGCCCUCUGGCUCAGCUGUGGGGGUGCAGGGAUGAAGGUUUGGCUCCCGCUCUUCCCUAGGGAUCAUCGCAAGCCCCAUUCCUUCUUGUCCCAGCGGAUCAUGUUGCCUUUUCAUAUCAACAUUUACCCCCUGGCGGUUCUGUUUGAAGAUGCGUUAGUCCUUGGUGCUGUUAAUGACACUUUACUGUAUGAUUCUUUGUAUACUCGGAACAGUGCUAGAGAGCAGCUGGAAGUGCUCUUCCCUUUCUGUGUUGUGGAGAGAACCUCCCAGAUCUACCUCCACCACAUUUUACGUCAACUUCUGGUCAGAAACCUUGGGGAGCAAGCCUUGCUCUUGGCUCAGUCUUGUGCUGCAUUACCUUACUUCCCUCAUGUGCUAGAGCUCAUGCUCCAUGAAGUGCUAGAAGAAGAAGCUACCUCACGGGAGCCCAUUCCCGACCCACUGCUUCCCACUGUGGCAAAAUUUAUUACCGAGUUCCCCCUCUUCCUCCAAACAGUUGUGCACUGUGCCAGGAAGACUGAAUAUGCCCUGUGGAAUUACCUUUUUGCAGCUGUUGGAAACCCCAAGGACUUGUUUGAAGAAUGUUUGAUGGCUCAGGAUUUGGACACAGCUGCCUCUUACCUUAUUAUCUUACAGAACAUGGAAGUCCCAGCAGUAAGUAGGCAGCAUGCCACUCUUCUGUUCAACACAGCACUGGAACAAGGCAAGUGGGACCUAUGUCGACAUAUGAUUCGAUUUCUUAAAGCCAUUGGCUCUGGAGAAUCCGAAACACCUCCAUCCACUCCUACAGCUCAGGAACCCAGUUCAAGUGGUGGAUUUGAGUUCUUCAGAAAUCGAAGCAUCAGUUUAUCCCAGUCAGCUGAAAAUGUUCCUCCUAGUAAAUUCAGCUUACAGAAAACACUAAGUAUGCCAUCUGGUCCUUCUGGAAAAAGAUGGAGCAAAGACAGUGAUUGUGCUGAGAACAUGUAUAUUGACAUGAUGCUUUGGAGACAUGCCCGGCGCCUUUUAGAAGAUGUGCGGUUAAAGGACCUAGGCUGCUUUGCAGCCCAGCUGGGCUUUGAACUAAUUAGUUGGCUAUGCAAGGAACGUACCCGAGCCGCCCGAGUAGAUAACUUUGUGAUAGCCCUGAAGAGACUCCACAAAGAUUUCCUGUGGCCACUUCCCAUUAUCCCAGCCUCUUCUAUUAGUUCUCCUUUUAAAAAUGGAAAAUACCGAACAGUAGGCGAGCAGCUGUUAAAGUCUCAAUCAGCUGACCCUUUCAUCAACCUUGAGAUGGAUGCUGGCAUCUCUAAUAUCCAACGAAGUCAGAGCUGGUUCAGCAACAUAGGCCCCACCCAUCAGGAGAUAGACACAGCCUCAUCUCAUGGACCACAAAUGCAGGAUGCUUUCUUGUCUCCAUUAUCUAAUAAAGGUGAUGAAUGCAGCAUUGGUUCAGCCACAGACUUGACUGAAAGUAGCUCGAUGGUGGAUGGGGACUGGACAAUGGUAGAUGAAAAUUUCUCCACACUCAGUUUGACUCAGUCAGAGCUUGAGCAUAUCUCCAUGGAGUUGGCGAGUAAAGGGCCUCACAAAUCCCAAGUCCAGCUUCGGUAUUUGCUACACAUUUUCAUGGAGGCAGGAUGUCUGGAUUGGUGUGUUGUCAUUGGCCUGAUUCUUAGAGAAUCUUCAAUAAUCAGUCAGGUUUUGGUUGUUGCCCAGUCUUCAGAGGUGGAUGGAGAGAUGUUGCAGAACAUAAAGACAGGGCUGCAUGCGGUGGACCGAUGGGCCUCUACAGACUGUCCUGGAUAUAAGCCAUUUUUAAACAUCAUUAAGCCACAACUGCAGAAGCUCAGUGAGAUAACAGAAGAGCAGGUCCAGCCUGAUGCCUUCCAGCCAACAGCAGUGGGUAAGACUCCUGAGCAGACCAGCCCCAGGGCAGAGGACAGCAGGGGCUCCUCCAGCCAUGGAAGCAUCCCCCAAAAUGAGGCCAGUAGUAGCAGUAUGAUCAGCCGAAAAGAAGAGGACAUAACCCAUGGAGAGGAAGAGGAGACAUUUCAGGAUGGGACUUAUGACUGUUCUGUGUCUUAACAACAGUGAGUAACAUUAUGACAGGCAGUAUUAAUUAGCAGCAGCGUGCAACUGAGUACACUGUGACCUAGUUGAAUGAUUUAACAGGGGAAAGAACUUAGCCCAGAAACUUCUUGGGUAAAGUAUUAUUAGGUUUCAAUGAACUUUCUCUAAGAAAUCCCUUUGACUUCAUAAAAAUGUGAUAUCAAAUAAAGCAUCUUUCAUAAAUUUUUAAGCUACAAUAGAAAGUAAUAAAGAAUAUUAUACAGGUGUACAUGAGAAUAUUUUGGUUUUAUUGAAAGAUUUGUAGCUUGUAAACCAUAGGGAUUAUUUUGCCCCAGGAGAGGUUACUUUUUCAUAUUUCUAGCUUCUUACGUGUUUUCUGGGUCAGUUGUGUCUAGACUGCUUUUUUCAAAAGAAAAGCUAAGGUGCUUGCUUGAGCUCAUCAGGUACACAGGCUACCUGUUUGCUUCCUUGGAUAGAGCCUGCUGGACUCCCUAAUUAGUCCUUCUGAAUAGAUGCCGCCCUUGCACAGUCUUGUAGCUGUGGGGUGGAGACAUUCUCUUUGGCUUUAUUAGCCCUGUACAGCCCGCUCGUGAACCGAUGUAAGUUAUUUAUCUGUGAGUUGAUGUGCCUGUCUCAGCAAGCUUGAGUCCUACUAAAUCAACUGCGGGCAGAAGUGUGAGAGGUUCUUAGCAAUUAUGCUGACACCACUAAACUAUUUUGUAUCAAAGAACUGUAUCUUUUUGUGAGUACUCUUGUGUAAAUAUACUCAAAGGCACUGUUCAUAUUUUUAAGGCUUGUAUUAUAAUUUGUAAGGUUUUAUGCUGGAUUCUGCAUGACUAUAGAUACUCUUAGAAUUAAGACAGGGCUUGCUCUUCUCUCCAAAAAUGAGCAGUCUUCAUAAAGGAAUACAGGUUUAUUGGCUGAAUUGUUCAAAUAACAGAAGUGAUCCCACUGAUCAUGAGGUGGAACAGGUUUUGUGCAAAUUAAUGUAGUUUCUUAUUUAUUGCUUUUGUAAAUUGAAUAAAAAUGGACUUUUAUGUAAAUAGUCUGCUGUAUUAUCAUGGCUACUAGAAAUUACUGUAUAAAGAAUGCAUUCUUCAUUGUAAACUUUAAAAAUAUUUUAUGUAUUUCUAGAUGGCUUAAAUUUUAGUUUCCAUACCUUAUGAAAAUAGAACUACAAACUCUUUAAUUGCUUCAGACUAAACACAUAUCCACUGUAUGUAAUUCUAAUUACCUAAAAACAGUAUUAAUUUAGAGAGCUUGUUUAUACUGUGCAAUUUGACAAGGAAUGCAAUGUUAUUUUUUAUAAAAACUUGUUUAUUUUUAUAACAAUGUAUAUGAUGUGGACCAAAUUUGUACCACUAUGUAAAACAGCCUCUCUUAGAAAUAAAACUUGGUCCUCCUCUAUCCUUGAUUUUUAAAUAGCUAGAUUUAGUUGUUUUAGCCAGAUUUCCUUUAAAGUGAAAUGCAAUCAUUUUAAAAUUGCUUAUUUCCAAGUUCACCAGCUAUUUAAAAUUAUUGAAUUUGGGAAUUUACUUUUUACAUUAGAAGUGCAAUAAUUUCACAUAAUAAAACUUCUGAAUGGGUAGAAUAUGUGACUUGGUACCUGGUCCUUCUGGUGCUACUUUUAUUUAAGUCUUUGUUUCGAACCACCUUUCUCUGAAUCUUCAGACAGAAAAUAAUAUUUCUCAUUUGAGUACAUGCGGUGUAGCAGAAAUCUAAACUGAAAAUUCCAUUUGUCCUAUACUAUUAGGAAGAAGAACCAGCAAUACUAUUGUAUUUAGUCAAUUUCUAGUGUGAAUAGUCAAUAAAAAUGAUUUACCAUUAUAAGCAGCUGUGAUCUUUUCACAUACUCUAAAUAAAACACUGUGCUGCUAAGUUUAUUUCACACCUUUUUUUGGUAGCAUUGAUCGUAGGCCUCUCGCAUGCUAGUCAAGCUCUAACACCGAGUACAUUCCUGUUUUUGUAAGACAAUGUCUGAGUUGCCUGUGCUGGCCUUGAAUUUGAAUCCUUCUGCCUUUACAGCCUGUCCUCUGAAUAACUGGGAUUACAAGUAUGAACUACCCACCCACUCCCACUGCAGCGAUUUCACAUUCUUGAGAGCAGAUCACCAAUUAUUUAACAUUCCAUGAAGGAAUCUUUUCUUUCAUAAAAUGUUUUUCCACUAAUAGAAAUAGAAAGCACCAAAGCAAGAAAUUUGGCAAGUUUACCAAAAAUUUCUAUUCGGUAGUUCGUUAUGCUUCAGUUUUUAAAAACUCAUUUUGUUGUAUUUGGUUCAACUACAUAUAUAUGAGCCAUAGUUUAACCAAUGAAUUUAAAUAUUCACUACAACUACAUUUGAAGAUUAUUAAAUAAUUUAAAUUAUUUACUGGAACUACAUUUGAAGGUUAUUAAAUUAUUUAAAUUAUUUACUGAUACCAAAACAAGAAGUCAUUUGGGGGUACAGUCAGCCUUCACUUGUAAUUAAAGUUGCUUCUACUUCUGUAAUGUGUAUUUAUUUUUUUACUCGGUAAAGGGCAAUAAAACCGUUGCAUAGACUUUGUUUAUUCAUCAUUUCAGGUUUAACAGCAAAAUGUAUGUAUAUUAAAAGCCACAAAAAUAUUCUUUUCAUUUUAUAAUUCCAUUUCUUAAGAGUUUUCCCUAUGAAAUAGCUAGAAAUUUAGACAUUUUUACUUAAAAUACUUAUAUGUAGAUAUGGGAGCAUCAAGACCCCUCCACAGCAUGAAGAAUGUUUAAAAUAGAAUGAAGAAAUGACAGAAAAGCAGAUUUACCACAUGACCUACCAAGCAAACAAAAAUUUGUCUAGGAGACUAGGCAUCAUUAUGAAUAGGUGGACUUAAAAAUUAUUUUGACUGUUUCCAAUUUUCCUGUAUUCCUAAAUUAAAUCUGUUCCUUGUAUGCAUUUGCCUAUUUUAGAUAUUUCAUAAACAGAAUCAUA